CACGCAGUGCGGGCGCGGGAAGCGCGUGUCGCGCUUAGGUAGUUUCUGUGAUUGCUUACCCUAAAUGAGAGGGGAAAGGACUCGGAACUACUCCCUUGUUUGUAUAUGUCAUCAGUUUCGUUUUAUAUCACUGGCUACCGAGUGUUAUUGAGCCUGCUGAAGAGUUUUUUCAGGACGUGAAGCGACAACUGAGUGCCAGAAUACCAAACAGCAUAAACACGUAGUUUCUGCAUUUGGUCCAUGACGCUGAUGCCACCAUAUCCAGACAGAAAAUGAAGAGACUUUGUAAGAUAGCCCUUCUUGGGCUUAUAUUUUUGAUACAUGCAGCUGGGAGUUUUGGGAAAGGAGAAGAUAGGCAGGAUACUGACUCACUCAGAAGGAAUGAGUACUACAACAGUAACAUGGAUGGAGAUGUUACCUUGGAAGAUGAGCAGGAAGAUACAAUUGAGGAAGAAAUUGAAAAGCUGGGGAGUGACAUUAAGGCAUAUUUCAAGCACAGCGACAUAGAGAAAGGUCACAUAGAUAACACACAAAAAGAGCAGGUAUCGGCUGUGAUCCCGACCGCCGACGAGGAGGACCUGAUGCUGGUCUCCACGCUGACGGGCCGGCUGUACGGCCUGAGCCGCGCCUCGGGCACCGUGCUCUGGACGCUGGAGCGCGGCCCGGCCGUGCGCGCGCCCGACACCCAGCUGCGCCAGGCCGACAGGGCGGCGUUCCUGCCGGACCCGUCGGACGGCAGCCUGUACAUGCUGGGCGGACCGGGCCGGGACUCGCUGCGGAAGCUGCCGUUCACAGUGCCGGAGCUGGUGUCGGCGGCGCCGUGCCGCAGCUCGGACGGCCUGCUCUACACCGGCAAAAAGGUGGACGGCUGGCUGGCUGUGGACUGGGUGACGGGCCAGGUGCAGGAGGAGCUGACAUCGGAGGGCUCCAGCCGCUCGUGCCCGGUUAACAGCCCGCACACUGUCUUCAUCGGACGUACAGAGUACACAGUGUCGAUGCACGACAGUAAGGCGGGCAGCCGGCGCUGGAACAUCAGCUUCACCCAGUACUCGGCGCUGGAGAUGCCGCCCGAACUGCUGGCCAAGUACCCGAUGAACCAUUUCUCCACCACGUCGUCGGGCCGGAUCAUGAGCUUCAGCCGGGAGACGGGCAGUCACCUCUGGCAGACGGAGCUGGACUCGCCCGUCGUCGCCGUGUACGCGCUGGCGUUCGACGCGCUCUACGCCGUGCCGCAUACUACCGUGGCCACGGAGACGCUGCGCGCGCUCACCCAUGACGUCAUGGAGGCCAGGCAGCUCGUGCCCACCCUCUACAUCGGCGAGCACAAGCACGGCCUGUAUGCGCUGCCGUCAUUGGUGGACGCGUCAACCGUGCACGUCAUCACCAGCCAAUCACGGCGCCCGCUGAUCGACGGGCCGCGCGACGGGGGCGGAGACUCGGCCACCGGUGGCCAAUCAGGGAGCUACUUUAAGCUGCACGACGAGGACAAGAAACCAAAACUGCUGCAAAUUGGUCACUACGAUGUGCCGAACGUCAGCCGGUCGGAGUUGACACCGCUCAGUCCGCCGUCGGGGGAGCGGGGUCGCGCCGCCCGGCCCAAGCCCAGCACGUACCUGCCGCCGGCCUGGACCGAGGCUCAGACGCAGACGGAGGCCGCCGACCGGUCCCGCCGCUCCUGGCUCUGGCUCUGGACUCAGGUGCGCACGUUCAACGUCACAUUCCUGCUGUCGGCCGGCGAGUGGGCGGCGCUGAUCUCUGACCUGACGGGGUCGGCCGACCCAAUGACCUCGGCCGCCACCGAGCGCGCGCUGUUCGUGCUGACGGUGCUGGCGCUGGCGGCGCUGGCGCUGGCGUUGCUCCGACGACGGGACCGGUCUCAGCGGCCGUCGUGGCCGACGGGGCCGGCCUCGGGCGCCGACAGCACGGGCUCGCGCGGCUCCCAACGUCACGUGACGGCCGACCUCGAGCAGCUGGAGGACGGCGUCGUCCGCGUCGGCAAGAUCGCCUUCGACUCGGACGCCUGCAUCGGCAAGGGCUGCGAGGGCACGUUCGUCUUCAAGGGCUGGUUCGACGGCCGUGAUGUGGCAGUGAAGCGGCUGCUGCCGGACUGCUUCACGUUCGCCGACCGAGAGGUGGCGCUGCUCAGGGAGUCGGAUCAGCACCCCAACGUCAUCAGGUACUUCUGCAUGGAGCAGGACCGCCAGUUCCGCUACAUCGCGCUGGAGCUGUGCCUGUCCAACGUGCAGGACUACGUGCUGGGGCGGUACGAGGGGCCCGAUAUAGCGCCGCUCGCCAUCCUCAAGCAGGCCACCGCCGGACUGGGCCACCUGCACCAGCUCAACAUAGUUCAUCGCGACAUCAAGCCUCAUAACGUGCUGCUGGCGGCGCGCAGCGGCGGCCAGGCGGUGGCCAUGAUCUCCGACUUCGGCCUGUGCAAGAAGCUGUCGCGCGGGCGCGUGUCGUUCUCGCGCCGCUCGGGCGUGGCCGGCACCGAGGGCUGGAUCGCGCCGGAGAUGGCCGACGGAGAGGGGCGCGCGACGUGUUCCGUGGACGUGUUCUCCCUGGGCUGCGUCUUCUACUACGUGAUGAGCGGCGGCCACCACCCGUUCGGCGAGUCGUUCAGACGCCAGUACAAUAUCCUCAGCGGCGAGUACAGUCUCUCCCUCCUGAAGGACGUCACCGGCGUGUGUCUGAUCCGACGCAUGCUGUCGACGCCGGCCGAGCAGCGGCCGCUGGUGCCGGCCGUGCUGGCUCACCCGUUCUUCUGGCCGCCGCAGAAGGUGCUGCACUUCUUCCAGGACGUGAGUGACCGGAUCGAGAAGGAGGCUCCGGACUCUGAGCUGGUGCGCCGGCUGGAGCGGCGCGUGGAGCUCUCGGGCGGCGACUGGAGGGAGCGCAUCGACCCGUUCGUGCUCAGCGACCUCGGCAAGUUCCGCUCGUACCGGGGCUCCAGCGUCCGCGACCUGCUGCGCGCGCUCCGCAACAAGAGGAACCACUACCGGGAGCUGAGCGAGGAGGCGCGGCUGGCGCUGGGCGCGAUCCCGGACGGAUUCGUGCGCUACUGGACGGGCCGCUUCCCGCGGCUGCUGCGCAAUGUGUGGUCGGCGGCGCAGGCGGUGCGCAGUGAGCCCAUGUUUAGCAAGUACUACUGCGGCGAGUACGACUGGACGCUGGAGCCGGACCCAGACGCGGUGCCGCCGUGGCAAGCGCAGCCCCGCGCGCCGCUCGCCCCGGGCAUGUCCCUCAUCGGCGCUCUGCUGGAGACGGACGCUCGCAACCGG